AUGCUGCGAAACAAUUUUGCUAAUAAGAUAAUAAAAUGUCAAAUUGGGGAAAAUUUCUGUGGAGGAAAGAACACUAUCAUUUUGUGUGGUUUAAUGAACAUUAUGAACAAGGGGCGUAGUGUAAAUUGGCAUAGGUCUUUUGUCCAUCAAGUGUUAGUAGGACGAUCUGAUGGUAGACAUUGUAGAAGUAGUUCAAAAGAGAUUCCAAAGACUAUGACACAGUUGCGUACAAUUACAAAUGGAUCUGAUUAUGAAAAGGAAUCUAAAUGUCAAAAGGGAGAAAAGAAAAGAGAAAUGUAUUCAGAAAGCGGAGGAAGUAACAUGAAUAUAAAAAAUGAGAAAAAAUUAAUAGAAGAAGAAAUGAAAAAAUUGAAGGAAGAGAUGAUAAAUGAUAGAGGAAAACACAAAAAAGUUUUACUUUUUAUUUUUUUUUGUUUAUUAAGUUUAUAUAUGUAUUUCGAAUCGUAUGAUCCAGAAUUUUUUAUGUAUGAUAUAAUGUUAAAAUUAUUUUUGAAAUAUGUUGAUGGUGAAACGUGCCACAACAUUUUUCUUUUUUUGGGAAAAUACAACAUGCUUCCAUAUGACACAAGUAGAGAUAGUAUAUAUUCAAGUUCUAAAAUAAAAAAUAUAUCUUUCAUAAACCCUUUUGGGGUGGCAGCAGGAUUUGAUAAAAAUGGUGUAUGUAUUGAUGCCAUAUUGAAAUUAGGUUUUUCAUUUAUCGAAAUAGGAACCAUUACACCUAGACCCCAAAAGGGAAAUGAGAAGCCAAGAAUUUUUAGAGAUGUAGAAACAAGAAGUAUAAUAAAUUCUUGUGGAUUUAACAACAUGGGUUGCGAUGAAGUUACUAACAAUUUGAUAAACUUUAGAGAUAAGCAGAAGAAGGAUAAGCUCCUGAGUAAGCAUAUUGUUGGUGUGAGUUUGGGAAAAAACAAAGAUUCUGUAGACAUUUUGGAUGAUUUGAAAUAUUGUAUUGGGAAAAUAGCUAGAUAUGCUGAUUACAUAGCUAUCAACGUCAGUUCUCCUAACACCCCAGGAUUGAGGGAUAAUCAAGAAUCGGAAAAAUUGUACAAUAUCAUUCUUCAAACAAAGGAAGAAAUUGAAAAGUUGGAAAGACACAUGGAAAGCACAAAAGAUAAGAAGGAGGGGAAUCCGAGUCAGAGUCAUAGUAGGAGUCAGAGUCAGAAUCAGAAUAAGAAUUUAAAGGAUAUCUGGCUUAAUACGACAAAACAGAAACCGCUUAUUUUUGUUAAACUUGCUCCAGAUUUGGAAGAAAUGGAGAAAAAGAAAAUCGCUCAAGUGCUCGUCAAAACAGGUAUCGAUGGUAUGAUAAUUUGUAACACGACGACACGAAAUUUUAACAUAAAAAGUUUUGAAAAUAAAAAAGGAGGUGUAAGUGGGCAAAAGUUGAAAGAUAUGUCUACUAACUUUAUUUCACAAAUGUAUAAUUAUACAAAUAAAAAAAUCCCAAUUAUUGCAUCUGGGGGAAUAUUCAGUGGGGCAGAUGCGUUGGAAAAAAUAGAGGCUGGAGCAUCUGUGUGUCAGCUUUACUCGUGUUUAGUGUUUAAUGGGAUGAAGACAGCUGUUAAGAUUAAACGCGAAUUCGAUCAUCUGUUGUAUCAGAGGGGAUAUUACAACUUGGAGGAUGCCAUUGGGAAGGGUUUCAAGAAGAAUUACUAG